CAUCAUCUUCAGCUGUAAUUGCUCUCUUGUAUCAUCAAAUGCAGAUGAGGGAGGUGGCGAGAGGUGUACAGUAUAUAAGCAGGGAACAGUCUUGGUCUCAGUACCUUGCUUUUCCCUCAACUUGCCUCAGCAUCUCUGCUCUCACGCCUCCACCCACAAACACUACCAAAAUGGCCUUCGCUGGAAGAUGGGAAACUGAGACCCAGGAGGGAUACGAUGAGUUCUGCAAACUGCUUGGCAUCCCUGAUGACAUCAUUGAGAAGGGCCGUGAUUACAAGCUGAUCACAGAGGUCACCCAGAAUGGUGAUGACUUCUCCUGGACCCAGAUCUACCCCACAAACGCCAAGGUCACCAACAAGUUCACCGUCGGCAAGGAGGCCGACAUGGAGACCAUUGGAGGAAAGAAAUUCAAGGCCACAGUGUACAUGGAGGGAGGCAAGCUAAGCGUGACCUUCCCCAACUACCACCACACCUCCGAGAUCAGUGGAGGCAAGCUUGUCGAGACCUCCAAAGCUGGUUCUGUACUGCUUAAGAGAACCAGCAAGAAGAUCUAACUGCUGACUGCCCUUUGACCUCAGUUACAAUGGAAACCUCUACAGCAACUGCAAUAAAUAAACUAAGAAUAUGAACAUGAA